AUGUACAGGAUACGGCAGGAGAAGAACGGAGGUGCUUGGUGUCCCAAGGCGCAGAUUAGCAGCGACAUAAAGGAGUAUUUGGAGGUGGAUUUGCAGAAAAAUCAUCUGAUGACGUGGACCGAGACUCAGGGUCGUUUCGGUAACGGCCAGGGGCAGGAAUUCGCCGAAGCUUUUUUGGUGGAAUAUUGGAGACCGUCGCUGAAUCAAUGGAUUACUUAUAAGGACUCGCGAGGAGAAAAAGUUUUGACUGGGAACAGCAACACGUACUUGGUGGUUAGGCAGAGGUUGGAAUUGCCUUUUAUCGCCAGCAAAGUGCGAUUCAUCCCUUACAGCGAAUACCCUAGGACUGUUUGCAUGAGAGUGGAAUUGUACGGAUGCCCUUGGGAACAGAACGUGUUGAAAUACGAGGCUCCUCGAGGAGAAGUCAGAGAACCGGACAUAGACUUGGAAGACAUCAGUUACGAUGGUACUUUAGAUGGUAAAAUGAUGCGAGGAGGUCUCGGUCAAUUAGUAGACGGGCUUUAUGGGGAUGAUGACUAUCAAAAACAGUUACAAGGCGAACAAUCUGGCAGCAGAUGGGUGGGCUGGAAUUCCGAUACGCACAAUCAUUUACCAAUCAAUCUCACCUUCGAAUUUGACGCCAUUAGGGAAUUUUCUGCGGUGCAUCUGCAUUGCAACAACAUGUUCACCAGAGGAGUGCAGCUGAUGUCCUCGGCGGACAUUUGGUUCAGCAUCGAUGGAGAUCGCUACCAACCCGCCGGUAUCCAGGCCAUCAUCCCUCCGGAUCGCCGGCGCGAAGCCGCCCGCAACGUAACAAUCAAGCUGCGCGGUAGACCCGCCAGAUUCGUCAGAAUCCGGCUUUCCUUCUCCGAUAAGUGGCUGCUGAUCAGCGAGAUCAGGUACUACCUCAUCCCCGACGUACCCAUUUCCACGACAUCGCCUGGGGUACCCAACGGAGAAACGACCCACGCUCGAAAGGAAGUAACUCCUGCCACCCGCCCAACUUCCAGCACCCAAGCCUACAUAGGGCUGAUCACGGGCGCCCUGGCAAUGGUGGUGUUGCUGCUCGCCUGCACCGUCUUCCUGAUGAUCAGACGCGGACGAAAGAAGGUGGCCCUGUUGCACAAGCACACCGCCCUGGUGUCCAGCAGCACCAAGCCCACCACCAUCAACAUGAAGGACCUCAAGAACAACAUGUCGACGCCGAUCAUCAACAACGGCCUGUCGCGCUCCAGGUUGUCGGUGAAGAGCAAGGACAACACCAUCGGCAGUGUGGCCUCGAAGAAGAACAAAAAGUGCAAUUUGUACGGGAACGUCAACGGCGAGGAAUCGGACAGCGAGAAUUCGUCGGUGUACCACGAGCCCUACAAGCUACUGCCCAACGCCAAGCAGGAGUACGGCUGUUUGCUCAAAACCGAGGGGAUGGCGACCAGCAAGAGCGGUGAAUAUACAGAUUUUACGAGCGUAAACAGUUUUCCCGAAGACAUGAAGUAUUCCACGCAAGCGCCGGCCGCGUUUUACAACAUGACGCCGCCGCCGCCGCCCUCUACGCGCCCGCCCCCGAACUACGAUGGACAAAAUGGCGCCCUGCCGCAAAAUGGCGGCAUCAUCACCGAAAACUACUACGCUGCAACGGAUAUAAUCAAGGGGGAGAGACGAGAACAACAUUUCACACCUGGUAGAUUCACUCCUAUAAAACUACCAGAAGGACCGCCGUUGGAGGGAGUUGCGCAUUUGUUGGAUUUCCCGAGACAUAGAUUAAGAUUGCUGGAAAAACUGGGCGAAGGUGAUUUUGGAAUGGUCCAUCUUUGCGAGGCCGAAGGAUUACCGGACUUCAACGGGGCCUCUUCGUUCCACAAGAAGCAACUGGUGAUCGUCAAGAGCUUAUGGAGAGGAUGCGGUGAUGCCAAAAGGCACGAAUUUUUGCGAGAGACCAGCUGGCUGGCGGGUCUGAGGGACCCCAAUCUGGCCCGGGUGGUGGGAUUCUGCAGCACGGACGAGCCCAUGUGCGCCCUGAUGGAGCAUUCCGAACCCGGAGACCUGCCGAAGUUCCUGGUUCAGCGGGGCGUCUGCGAGGACGCCGGCAAUUCCAUUGGGCCUACCGUUAGUUACGGAUGUCUUAUUUACGUGGCUACUCAAGUGGCUUCGGGGAUGAAGUAUUUGGAGUCGUUGGAUUUGGUGCACAGGGAUUUAGCUGCGAGGAACUGCGUAAUAGAUAAGAAUUUCACCGUUAAAGUUUCUGACCAUGCCAUGUACUGCGAUCGCUACGAGAGCGAUUAUUACAUUAGCGACACGAAGGCGAGAUUGCCCUUAAGGUGGAUGUCUUGGGAGGCCCUGUUACUGGGUCGACAGACGACGAAGAGCGACGUCUGGGCGUUCGCCGUGACCCUUUGGGAGAUCCUGAUGCUGUGCACCCAACAGCCCUACGCCGAAUUGACCAGCGAGCAGGUGGUGGAGAACAGCAACCACUGGUACCAGAACGACGGGUGCCAGAGGUACCUGCCGCGACCGGCCGCCUGUCCGCGGGAGAUCUACGAUCUGAUGGGGGAGUGCUGGAAGCGCAACGCCGCCGAUCGGCCCAGAUUCUCCGAGAUACACCUCUUCCUGCAGCGGAAGAACUUGGGCUACAUGCCGGCGCCCAAUUCGCAGGUGUAGACUGUAGACGCGGCUUAUUAUUCGAAGACUUUUAAUCGUAAUUAUUACAAUAAAUUUCGGUGUGGAUGUCGUGUUUCUCUUAUUGAAUGAAGCGAUGAAAUCCUCCUAUUAUUUUAUACUUUCUUUCUUUUGUAAACCCAUUGUGAUAUCGCACAAUUAGCUGUGCAAAAUAUUAAUCAUAUCUUUCUUAAAAAAUAUAUUUGUAAAAUUCCUAUACGCGAAAAAGGUUUGUCCACGCACGGUUUAUUAGUAAUAAGACAACAAUAUAUAUUCUAGAAAUAAUGCAAAGAUGAUUAUAUAAUUCUGUGGUGUUGUGGAUAGAAAUAAAUUUGCUGGUAUCACAUUUUUAUUUAUGUUUACAUGACACAAUCGAAUUAAUUUAUUUUAUAUUUA